ACGGAGCGGACGGAAGGGCGGUAAAUUAAUGCGUUAAAUGCGUGCGUCCUUCGUAAGAAAAAUACCUCGUCGCAACAAUUUCUGGAGAUGCACAAAAGCCAGAACGAUAUUCAGAAUUUUCUGUAGCGUACAAGAAAAAUCCUCUUGACUUUGUCAUUGCUUGUAUUGUUGAAAUAAGUGGAUAACAGAAUACCGAGCAGAAUUUAUUGAUCAAAUGUUAAGGAGAGCGAGUUAACGAUAUUGGUAACUUCAGAACCCAUCAGUUGGUCGACAGGAGGAGAGGCAUAUAUAGUGGACUUCAGUUGAGGAUAAAAACUUACUGGAUAUUUAACACAGCAAACAUGAUGUACUUAGCAAACGGGCAGUUUGACCGAUGCGACAACUACAACCCAGCCGCCCGCCACGACCCCCGUAGUGGACUGACCGUUACCCAUCAGCCUUACCCAUCUUCCCACAUCAACCCUAACUCAAGCGUCUCCUAUACCACCAGCGAUCAGGCAAUGCUCAUUGAAGACCAGCUCACGUCUAGUGGAGGCCAUCAUGGUCGACCAGGGCGUGGAGGUGGUGGUCGACGAGGAGGUUCAAGUCGGCUUGGUUCCAGGCGUGGGAUACACAAGAACAAACAACCUGAAAUCAGACCGUGGAACAGCAACUUAUUAGCAUGCUGUGAUGAUCCAGAAAUAUGUAUUACAGGACUGGCCUGUUCCCCUUGCCUAGCCAGCCGUCUUUCUGAGAGACUAGGAGAGAACCCCCUAGCAUGCUGUCUACCUUUCGGUUGUGUAGCAUUACGUGUCAAACUACGUACUCAACAUCAUAUACGGGGUGACAUUUGCUCUGAUUACGGAGUCACGUGUUGUUGUGGUUGUCCACUGUCACUCUGCCAAAUGUGGCGGGAACUGGAUUACAUCGAAAAGAAGAACAACCCUGGGUUGUCUGCCAACGGUGGUCAUGGAAACCAGAAUAAUACUCCCUCAACGUCAAGCCGGAGUUUCCUCGAUAUGCUUACAUUUUAAAAUUGUCGACUAAUGCUGAAUAUUUUGGUGAUUUUAUAUGAAGAACAUUUUCGUAAAUUUGUCAAGUGUUAAUCACUGUCUCUCAUCUGUAAUAUUUUUUUAAUAUGAUAUUUAUAUCGGAAGAAAAUGAGAAGGUUUCAAGGCAUUUCUUCAGAGUUGACAUUGUAAAUAUUGAUGUUAAUGAAUGCAAAUUUCAGUUUUCUUUUCAUCCACAAAGAAAUAGACCCAUCACCGUAGUUAAACAAAAGAAAAUGAUAUAACUUUCUCAAGGUUUUGGGAAUCAUGAAUAUAUUGUAUGGUUUAUAGACGUCAUUAGGAUGUAUUUGUCAAACAUUUUAGAAAACAUCAGAGUGAUCACAUUGUAGUAUUUGCUUCAUUAUACAAUCGAGCUAUUAGCUCCAUGAUUAUACAUCACAUCCACUAUUAA